AUGUCGACGAAUACCACAGAUGUGCAACCAAAGCAAGCAAAGAAGGAUUUACGACGGAGUGUGAAAACUCAACUGGCUGAACUCAGUGAAGACGAGGUAGCGAAGCAGUCACGCAUUGCUCAGGAUUCGGUACUCUCGUUGCCGCAGUAUAGAAACGCGAGACGGAUCAGCGUCUACCUCUCGAUGCCGAGCGGUGAGGCUCGUACAGAUAUGGUUUUCCGGAAUGCUCUAAGCAGUGGCAAGCAAGUAUUUGUGCCUUACCUCCAGUCCGUGCCAAAGCCGGAGACGAAGUCAGGAAAGGGCAAGGUCAUGCAGAUGCUUCGGCUAAGCUCUAUUAGAGAGUACGAAGGUCUCGAGCGAGAUGCUUGGGGCAUCCCUUCCCUUUCUCCUGACACUGUUGAGGAGCGGGAGAAUGCUUUGGGCGGUUAUGGCGUCUCUGGGAAUGUUGCUAAUUGUGCUGACGGCGGGCUCGACCUUGUCGUGGUUCCUGGCGUGGCUUUCGAUGAGGACAUGAGUAGGCUCGGUCACGGCGCCGGCUUCUAUGAUGGCUUCUUAAGCAGACUCUGUGGAAAUGGCCGCCGUAGCAAGCCGUUUCUCGUAGGCUUGUGUCUCGCCGAGCAGAUCCAGCCAAACGGCCGGAUUGUGAUGGAGGAGUGGGAUUGGAGCGUCGACGCUGUAGCUGUCGGAGACGGCCGACUUCUGACUUCAAAGGGAGUUUGA